CUGCGGUCUUGUGGCGUGGUCCAAUUAUUUUGCUUUGGUUCACUGUGCGAUCACUUGACAGUUCUGUAUGGAAAAUAAUUUAAUUAAAUAACUUGCUGAUCAUGGCUGUUAAUUCAUAUGGCGGAGGAGGUGCAGAUGAAGGGGGUUAUACUCAACUGGAUUUGAGUGGGAAACUGAUUAUCAAGGCCCAGUUGGGAGAUGACAUUCGGCGGAUUCCCAUUCACAAUGAAGAUAUUACUUACGAUGAACUUGUGCUCAUGAUGCAACGAGUCUUCAGGGGGAAACUGGAUGCAAAUGAUGAAGUUCUUAUUAAAUAUCGUGAUGAAGAUGGAGAUCUGAUAUCUAUUUUUGACAGCUCUGAUUUAUCAUUUGCCAUUCAGUGUAGCCGGAUACUGAAACUUACGAUUUUUGUCAAUGGCAACCCAGCCCCUCUGCAGGCAGAUGAAGUUAAACAUAUUCGAACUGAACUGCAAAAAAUCAGAAACCAAGUGAAUCAGUUAAUUGAUCAACUAGAACCCCGACAAACUGUUCCAGGAUCCAGGGUUGAGAAUGAUAAGACUGCACCCAACACUCCAGCUAGUAAUGCUACCAAUGCAGCUGCUCCUAAGGAAUUUGAUCCCCUUUCUUCCAAAGAAGGGGGAGAAGGUGGGCGUAAUAAAGUAGCUUCUUCCUUUGGAUUGCAAGAAGAUGGCCGUGGUGGCUCCCCAGACAGUAUCUCCAGCUUGGGUUCCUCUGCAAGUCAGAAGCAACCUCAACCACAGCAGAUGCAGCCCCAGGCUGUGCCGCCAGGUGGCACCAUGUACCAAAAUCAGCCUCAACAAGUGUAUGCUUCUUCACAAAAUCCACAACAGCAACAGCAUCCUCAGCAGCACUCACAUUAUUUCCAGGGUCCAGGACCGCAUCAACAACCCCAUUCUCCCGCUACGAGUGUGAGCAGUGGAUUUGCUCCCCAGCCAGGCUAUGGUGCUUCCCAGCCCGGACAACCUUAUGGCAACUAUCAGCAGAGUCCUCAAAUGCAGCAAGCUCAGUUUAGUCAGCAGCAGCAGCAGCAGCCCCCACAAGCUCAACAACAGCAGCAGCAGAUGGCUCAAGUAAGAGGCAGCCCCUUUGCCCUUCCACCUACUGGUGCUCCAACACAAGGUCAGGCUGGAGGACCUGGUCCUUUUGCUGGUCCACCAACCUCCCAAGCAUACCAGGGACAGAUGCAGUACCCAGCGGGCUAUUCUCCUGGUCCUACUGGUGUACCAGCACCCCCUACGGCUGGCGGGCCUGGAUCGACCAAUCCCUACUCUCGAGGUCCAACUUCGGGCUACCCCCGUCCGACCCUCAAUUAUCAAGCUGGAUAUUGAUACUGGCAACUUUAAACAUUUUUUCUUUUUUUCACUAUGCGCUCUGCUUAUGGCAGGCCACAUGCGUUCUGUUGGUUGUAUUGUCAAUAGUUUUGAAUGAAUGGAUUUAUAAUUGUGGAAUCACUUGGAGUUUCCUAAGAUGCAGUACAACCUGGUUUAUUUGGACUGACUAGGACCUGAAACAAUUCAUGUAAUCAAAAAUCUGGAUAAUUGGGUGAUAUGGAUAAUAAGCAAACAAAUCCUCAAAUACCAUUUACCAUUUAUUACAUUAAGAAUGGCUUUCUUGGGAGAAAAAAAUGCAUAGAAUUCUUUACAAGGCAUUAAAUAAUUCAUAUAAAAAAAUUCACAUCAUUUCUUAGCAAUGAAUUUGUCCACUAUCUUAUGUUACAAGCACGAGUAGCGUUUAACCACUUAACAGUUUAAAUUAUUUCCCAAUAUUGUUCAAAAAAUGUCAUUUUUUAAAUUGCAGUAAAUAAUGUGUUUCCUUUUUAUGAAACAGAAAUAAUUAAAAUUGUUGUAGUUAUGAUUUUUUUAACUAGAGUUUUAAAUGUGCAUUGGAAAUUUCCUAGUUAUUUGCUUAAUAAUAAUCUAUAUAACUAGAACAGGUCUUAAACCACACAAAACUGGUUUUUCAAGAAAGGUAUGAUGGACAACUGUUGUUAUCUCUUGACAGAUUCUUCAACUCUAUAAUCACUCAAAAAAGAAAACGCAGGCAAAACGAAAAUUAAAUUGGAAAAAAAAAAGAACGACGUAAAGGAAGAUCAAGAAUUGGUAGAUUGCUGAUGAAUGUGCGUUUUACGGUCAAAACUGGUUAAAUGAUGCAUGGUUAUGCAAAUGGAUUAUUAUUAAUAGAUCAGAAUACACUGAGGAUUUGGCAUACAUCUGUUUUCAUUUUUGAUUUCAUAGUUUAAAAAUUAUUAUCCUUGUGAACAAAAAAUUUAAAACAAAAAAUAUUCAAGUUUCAAGUUUGAUCUUAAUAAACAAGGUUUUACUGUGCAUUCUUAUCAUCUUUGAAUAUUAAAACUUUUCUUACAGUUUCAUUGGAAAAAUUAUUCAUAAAAGUGUAAUAAUGUCAUUCUUCAAAUUUUGUGUUUGGAAGUAGCUCUAAAACGAAUGCAUGUAAUGUAAUCAUCUGUUGCUAGCCCUUAUCUCUUCCUGAUGCAAUUGUUUUCUAUUAUUUAAGGACUUGGUGUAGUGUAUGAUACUAGCAAGAUAAUCACUAAGUAAUUUCACCUUCUUAUUUGGAAACAUCACAGAAAUUUACCUUCAGAUUAUAAAUAUCAAUUUAGGUUGGUUUUGGAACAAAUAAUGUUGAAUUUUUAGCAUCAGAAAUAAAGUUUCAUAUUAAGUGAUCUCACUGAAGGAAUGCAUUUUGUCAGAGAGGUAAAUAGAAUUCAAAUCAAAAUAUUAAAUAUAAUUCAAGUUUUUUAUCUUUCUGUGUUUUUUUACAUUCAUUUAAUUUUUUCCCCAAAACCCAACAGAACUCUUAAAUUUAUAUUAUCUUCCAAAUAUUGCAAUGCUUGGUUUUUAAGCUUCAUUCAUUUCCGUUUGUUAUGAUUAAACUUAGUUAUUUUUUUUAUAAUUUGAUUUUUCAUCUUUCUUAAUUUCAUGGUUUGCAACUUAGUGAAAUUUAAUUAGGUGCCGUUUAUUUAAGUAAUAUAAAGCAAAUGUUUCGGUGUCAUCUCCUCUUUGAAAAUAUUCCAAUUUUGCAAUUAUGUUUUUAUAAAUUGUUUUCUUAUUAUGUUUCUUUUUCAAGAUCAAUGUUUUAUAAAAUAUUGCUUUGGUCUAGUAUGCUUUUAAUUGUGGCAAUGUUCUGUAUGAAAGAAAGCUUUACACAAAAUAUAUUUUCUGUAGGUUAUAUAAAUUUUAAUGUAAUAAAUAUGUAUGAUGAAAAAGUGUUUGUGUUUUUCAAUUUUUUAAAAUAAAAUGUCAAAAUUA